UUAUUAUUCAAAUCCAAUUUACAUGGGAUUUUCGUGUUUGAAGUGUCAGUCUCGAAAUGAAUCUCGUACUGUUGGGUGCUGUCUUUUUGGUCAGUUAUUCUUCGCAAAAUAAUAACUCUAAAAUUAAAUCACUUUUGCACAAUGACGCGACUGAAGAUGAGCAUAAUUUUCAAUUACUUUUAGAAGAAGUGAUGAUAAAAAACUUGCUUCCGUACAAAUGUGUUGUUCUAAUAAGUGACGAUAUUUACGGUGGUACUUUUACAAAGUCGUGGUACCGCAGAUUUGGCCCUUUUAUCACUUUUGUUGUGAUACGUGUGGAUGAAUAUGAAGAUUUGCUUUCCCCAUUUGAAGAAACUCAGGCUUGUCUAGACACUGCAAAAAACGAAGGUUGUCAAAUGUACCUAAUUCUCCUAUCAAAUGCCCUUCAAGUCUCGCGUUUGCUACGUUUUGGCGACAAGUACCGUGUUAUCAACACCCGUGCGAAAUUUGUUCUCCUUUAUGACAACCGCCUUUUCGACAAACCCCUUUUCUACCUUUGGAAACGCAUAAUCAAUGUGAUUUUUAUCCGGCGAUACAGUGGUCAAAAAUCAGACACCAAGAAAAACAUGCCUUGGUACGAAAUCACCACCGUACCAUUCCCCACUCAAAUCACCUCAAUCCUCAUCCCUCGUCGAUUAGACAUUUGGACCAAAUCGAAAUUUCGCAAAGGAAUUGAUUUAUUUCGUGACAAAACCUCCGAUUUACGCAACCAAACUCUCAAAGUUGCGGCUUUUAGCCACAUUCCAGGUACCACCAAAAGUUUGCAAGAGAAGACUGCAAGAACAGUCAUUGGGAAUUUCUCAGGGACUGAAGUUGAAAUUUUGCAAACGGUUUCAGCCGCCAUGAACUUCCAUUGUGAGCUUUACGAACCGGUGAAUGUUGAUGUGGAUUUGUGGGGUGGGAAACAAAGCUCAGGGAAGUACACAGGCUUAGUGGGUGAGAUGGUUAGUACCAACGCCGAUAUAGCGCUAGGGGAUUUGUACUACACUCCGUACAUUCUUGAUUUGAUGGAUUUAAGCAUUCCUUAUAAUACCGAGUGUCUCACGUUUCUAACACCUGAGUCACUGACUGAUAAUUCGUGGAAAACACUGAUUCUACCUUUCAAACCGGCAAUGUGGGCUGCAGUCCUAGUUUGUCUUUUAAUUUGUGGUGCCGUUUUUCAUGCUUUAGCACGGUUUCAUGAAACUAUAAGCCAGAAUAAAUCGCAAGUUUUAGAAAUUCAUACGAAACGCAAAAAAAUCAUAAUUUUAUCAAUUUGUCCCGAAAUCGAGAAACUUGAUUCUAAUCUUAAAUACACAAAAAUGAGGGAACAAUACAAACCUCCACGAUUUGAAGGCCAGUCAAUCGGACUCUAUCAAUUCAGUGAACCUUUCAAUAGUGUUUUGUACACCUAUAGUAUGCUACUUUUAGUUUCUUUGCCCAAAUUACCAACAGGUUGGUCGCUUCGCAUGUUAACAGGGUGGUACUGGCUUUAUUGUUUGCUACUUGUGGUAGCUUAUAGGGCCAGUAUGACUGCUAUUUUAGCACGACCAACUCCUCGCGUCACAAUUGACACUCUUCAAGAAUUGGUAAACAGUCGGUUGAAAUGCGGCGGUUGGGGCGAAAUAAAUCGCCAGUUUUUUAAAUCAUCUCUCGACCCAAUAACGAAAUUAAUCGGCGAAAAUUUCGAACUAGUUAACGAUUCAAACGAAGCAGUUGAUCGUGUGGCACAAGGCGUGUUCGCAUUUUACGAAAACAGCUAUUACCUGAAGGAAGCUUUAGUAAAAAGACAAUUACGAUUUCAAAUCGCUAGGACCACUCAGAAUCAGUCCGAAAGAGAAAUGCGCGAUAUUGCACGAGAGGAUCGUAAUUUGCAUAUAAUGACGGACUGUGUCAUCAAAAUGCCCAUUUCGAUCGGGUUGCAGAAAAACUCACCGAUUAAACCACGAGUUGAUAAAUAUAUUAGGCGAGUUUUGGAAGCUGGAUUGAUUAAAAAGUGGUUGCAAGACGUGAUGGCGUCGAUUUUAAACGCCGAAGUACAAAGUACGCAAGAGGAAAUGAAAGCGAUCAUGAACAUGAAAAAGUUUUUUGGGGCAAUUGUAGCUCUAUUUAUUGGUUAUUUCAUCAGUGUUGUCGUAUUAAUUGUGGAGAAUGUUUACUUUCAUUUCUUUGUCAAAAGGAAUCCGCAUUACAACAAAUACACCAGAAGCAUUCAUCACGUAAAAAAAGCGGAGAAAUUUCAUUUGACUUUCUGAGAGAUAACAACAACUGUGACAACUGUCAAAAGCAGCGUAUUGGUGUAAAGUCAAAGCCCUCUUGACAAUUUUUCCAAAAGUGUGAUUACAGGCAUUUAUCAAACUUUUUGAGCAAAAUAAUCCUUCC